UCUGUGUGUUUGCCUGGUGCAAUCGCAGAUAGAGGAAAGAAAAAAAACUAAACUAAAAGAUUUUUUAAAACGCAAUGAGUAAAAAUGACUAAGCUCGUGCUGGUGGCUUUGGUGAUCUUGCUGAUAAAGGAUGGAUUCUCGGUCGGUGCGGCCAACGAGUGCCGCAAGUUAGAUCCGUGCCGUUGUGAGUUUGACGACGGCCGCGGCUACGAUCUGGGCCAGGUCGUCGAGAAAAAUUACAACUAUCUGGAGACGGUCGAUCCGGCCACGGGGGACCAUUAUCUGUUUCAUCCGUGUGCGGAUGUGCGGUACUUGCCGCAGAACGCGACGGCCGAUAAUGAGUGCGCCCGGGGAGACGGCUAUGCGCUGUGUCGUUACAACAAUGGCACCUUCGCCAAGCUGGGCACGGUCAGGGACAGCAGCUUCUCUUCUUCCGAGAACGAUCACCAGUAUCUAGUCUUCAAAGUAAAUACUACGGUUACCUCCUUUCAGUUGAUCUGCACGCCACACUCAGAUAAGUCAUACAUUUUCAUCCAGAGUCAAUUGCAGGCGCAAGAUUCGACCAACGAAACGAAUCUGCUUCUCUUCUCCCCGUACGCGUGCCCCGUCACAAUCGAGGAAAUCUCCCACUCCGGCGUUGGCAAGGUCCUCCUGAUCUUGCUGUUUGUCGGCUCCUUUACUUACUUUGCCAUCGGAUCGAUCGUCCGGUUCAUGUACCUUGGCGCGCGAGGUAUCGAAGUGAUCCCGAACCUGGGCUUUUGGAAGGACUUGCCCGGGCUGGUGCGGGACGGGGCUCGAUUCUUGCAGAACGGUUGCCGUGUCGAGCGAGCGGCGCCCGACCCGGAUUCGUACGAUGCGAUCUAAUAAAAAAAAAAUAACAGAAUCUUCAGCGAGCAAGUCAAAACCUAGUACGUUUAGAUAGAUAUUGUAAGGGCGGUUUUCGUAACAAAUAAAUAAUAAAAACGUGUGUUUUCACUGUGAACGUUGUUGGUAAAAAUUGCUUUACGUUUUGACUGAUUUAUGGGUAAAAUAAAAAUGAAUGUGUCGAAACA